ACCAAGGCUUAUUCUUCCAGAAUUGCCAUGUGCCUCAUGCUAUGAAGAUUCUAAUCUGUGGCACAGGGCUAUGGUUUUAAAUAUUGUUGAUGAAGAAAAUGUGAAAUUAUUAUAUGUUGAUUAUGGAACAAUUAAAGUAGUAUCAAAAACAAAUGUAAGACUUUUAGCAUCACAAUUUGGAGCAUACCCUAUUCCAGCAGUACAUUGUGGUUUGUACAAUUUUAGCGAAUUGAAUUAUCCACGAGAGAUAAGUGAAUCUUUUGCUGAAAUGACUGAUAAUCAUGUGCUAGAAGCACAGUUUCAUCACCCACAUUUUGAAGAUGAUUCUCAAAAAAUGAAUGUCACAUUGUUUUUGAAUACUGAACACGACAAAAUUAAUAUUAACAAAAAAUGUUUUGAAGUAAUCAUGAAUCAGAUAACACAAAUCCAGAAUAAAUUGGAAGAAUGAUUUGUUGAGUAUUGCAAGGAAAACAAUGGACUUUAGUUUAAAAAGAGAAAAGUAAAGCAACAAGAAAACAAAAAGUUCUUCAAUUAACA